AUAGCCGAAAAAGUCAACAAUGAAGACAAAACAAAGCAAAAUCCAAUUACCAUUAAAACAAAAACAUUCAAAACUUUCGGUGACCUACUUUCUUAAACCGCUCCUUCCGACCUGCCGCCUGAUUUUUCAACAUUUCAACUCCUCGGUUCUUCAAAUCCGCCAUGGAUUUCCUCUCCUCCAGAAAGCUCCUCUCCUCCGAUGACGAAGACGAUGACCUCAAGAAAUUAUGCAAAGACUGCUUCGAUUACUCUUCCUAUUCUUGCCCUUCCUAUUGCCUUGAAAAAUGCAAGAAUUACUGCUAUAUCCAUAUUCCAAUCCCACCACCGGACGCUGAUGAUAUCAAUCAGACUUCCUCCACUAAAUCGCCUCACAAACUCUCCAACCUGGUUACCUCCACCAUCGCCCUUCUCUCCUUCACCUUCCUCCUCGUCCUCUGCUACGCCAUCUACGCCCGUUUCUACUCCGGCCGCCGUAGACGGAUUCGCCUCCCCGAUCCCCCACCGCCUGAGACCCAUCACCAACAUGAGUUUCUGGAUGAAGAACAGGGCCCUGUUUUAGAUCAUCCCAUUUGGUACAUCCGCACCAUCGGCCUCCCGCCGGCCGUAAUCGACGCCAUCGCCGUCUGUAAGUUUAAAUCCGGUGAGGGUUUGAUUGAUGGAACAGAGUGCUCUGUUUGUUUGAGUGAAUUUGAAGAGGAUGAAACCUUGAGGCUUUUGCCCAAGUGUAGCCAUGCUUUUCAUCUCCCAUGUAUCGAUACUUGGCUUCGAUCUCAUACCAAUUGCCCCAUGUGCCGUGCUCCUGUUGUAGCUCAGUCCAGCGCCGCCGCCGCUUCUCCGCCACCGCCACGGCCUCCGGCGGAAACCCAGAUAGGGGAAUUGCAAAGGGAAGAGGGAGAUGGAGCCAAUUUGGGGGAAAGUUCUGCUAGAAAUGAAGAAGAACAAGAACAACAACAUGAAGAAGAAGAAACCCAUUUUGCUGAUGAAGAUUUAGAAGAAAGAAGCAGUGAUAUUCAGCCAGUGAGAAGAUCUGUAUCUUUAGAUUCUUUAUCAGCUCUUAGAAUCAGCUCAGUUUUUGCUAAUGUUAAUGAAAAAUUGGAUUCUGAUGCUGAAACAAUACAGAGAAAGGGGAAGAAAUCAUCACAAGGGAGAGGCUAUUCUUCUACUUCUUCUAUGAACAGGUUAUCCAGACCGCAAGUCAUCACAUAAACAUGCUAUUGAAGAAGCUUCACCACUUCCACAACCAUAAUGUUUAUAAUGUCUUUGUACUCCAAAAUGGCUAAUAAUAUUGUUAGGUAGCAUGGUUUUCUCUAUGCUAAGUUAAGGUAUAUAUCAAACAUCACAUGGUUGCGUCAACCAUUUUGUUUCAAUUAGUUUCCGAAGGAAAAUCAUUUGGGAAUUGUUUGGCCUUUCAACUUAAA